AGACAUUCAUUCCAUUUAUACACGCCACCACACCAUAGACUCCCACUCCACUGCAGCCCAGUGAGGCAAAAAGAGCCAAAGGCACCUGAAAAAGAAAAAAAAACCGAAAAAUGUCUGAGGUGAAUCCAUCGCCUGUAAUAGCAUCGCCGCCAAUAGUGGAAGUGAAUCCAUCGCCAAGAAAAGGACUCACUUCUAAGGUUAUUGACUUCUUGGAAAAGCUGAUAGUGAAAUUAAUGCAUGAUCCUUCUCAACCUCUUCAUUAUCUCUCCGGUAAUUUCGCUCCUGUUGAUGAAACUCCUCCUGUUACUGACCUUCCUGUUAAAGGUCACCUUCCUGAAUGCAUGAAUGGCGAGUUUGUAAGAGUAGGACCAAAUCCAAAGUUUUCUCCUGUGGCUGGAUAUCACUGGUUUGAUGGAGAUGGCAUGAUUCACGGUAUGCGCAUAAAAAAUGGAAAGGCAACAUAUGUUCGUCGCUAUGUGAAGACAUCACGUCUUAAACAAGAAGAGUUUUUUGGAGGCUCCAAAUUUAUGAAGAUAGGAGAUCUUAGGGGGCUGUUUGGUUUGCUCAUGGUUAACAUGCAAAUGCUACGAGCAAAAAUGAAAGUAUUUGACAUGUCUUAUGGAAUGGGAACAGCUAAUACAGCUCUCAUUUAUCACCAUGGAAAGCUCUUAGCACUUCAAGAGGCAGAUAAGCCCUAUGUGGUUAAAGUUAUGGAAGAUGGAGAUCUACAAACCGUCGGCCUACUGGAUUAUGACAAGAGACUUAAACAUUCAUUUACUGCUCAUCCAAAGGUUGAUCCAUUCACAGGAGAGAUGUUCACCUUUGGCUAUGGGCAUGAAAAGCCAUACAUCACGUACAGAGUUGUUUCAAAGGACGGUAUCAUGCAUGACCCGGUACCAAUAACGAUAUCAGAGCCCAUCAUGAUGCACGACUUUGCUAUUACUGAGAAUUAUGCAAUUUUUUUGGACCUUCCUAUGUACUUUAGGCCAAAGGAAAUGGUGAAAGAAAAGAAGUUAAUAUACACAUUUGAUGCAACAAAAAAAGCUCGUUUUGGUGUUCUUCCACGGUAUGCCAAGGAUGACCGUGAAAUGAGAUGGUUUGAGCUGCCAAAUUGUUUCAUAUUCCAUAAUGCCAACGCUUGGGAGGAGGAGGAUGAAGUUGUUUUAAUCACUUGCCGCCUUGAAAACCCAGAUCUAAACAUGGUCAGCGGGACUGUUAAAGGAAAACUUGAGAAUUUUAAAAAUGAACUGUAUGAGAUGAGAUUCAACAUGAAAACUGGCAUGGCUUUACAAAAGAAACUAUCAGUCUCUGCAGUUGAUUUUCCCAGGGUGAAUGAAAGCUACACUGGCAGGAAACAAAGAUUUGUUUAUGGAACUAUUCUGGAUAGCAUUGCCAAGGUCACAGGGGUAAUCAAAUUUGAUCUACAUGCUGAACCCCAGCUGGAUAAAAAGAAACUUGAAGUUGGAGGAAAUGUCAAAGGGAUCUUUGAUCUGGGACCUGGUAGAUUUGGUUCAGAGGCUGUAUUUGUUCCUCGGGAGCCUGGGACUAGUUCUGAGGAAGAUGAUGGCUAUUUGAUAUUGUUUGUGUAUGAUGAGAACACAGGAAAAUCGUCAGUGAAUGUAAUUGAUGCAAAAACAAUGUCAGCUGAUCCUGUUGCAGUUAUUGAAUUACCCCAUAGGGUUCCUUAUGGUUUCCAUGCCUUCUUUGUGACAGAGGAACAACUUCAAGAACAGGCAACAUUGUAAUCGUUCGGAUCAGAGAGCAUGUGAUUAUCAUAAAUAGCUGGACUUAAUAUCAAAUAGAGCAUAUAUUUGUAAUUUCACCCGUGUAUACUAUGCAACAAUACCUAGUAAUGUAAUAACCUUCAUUCUAUGAUGCAA